UAAGAGACCGAUUUACUUUAAAUAAAGUAAAGAAACCCACAAUAGCCUCAAAAACACUUUAGUCUCCAACACGAAGGCUUCAGGACGCCGGACUCGGCAAUGAUCCUUUGCACGGUUUCUUCCUCUUUUGGCGUCCCAUCCUCAGAGUGGCAGUGAUGAGGCAACACAGCCUCGUCCUUGAAGUGGUGUAGACGUGGUAGACGAGGGAGGCGCAGGAGGAGAAGGGGCGUCAGGGUCACGGCAGUAACGGGAGUCUCGGGCGUGGAGAGAAGCGAAGUGAGGCACCCAGAACAAGCCUACGGUUCGGAAUAAACCCGAAUGAGAGCAGAGCUGACUGGAGCCGAAUCAAGUGUUCAGAGCGGGGCUCAGCUGCUGUCUGAAGAUGAAGACGCUGGCCGCCCACCAAGUUGCCUCCCACAGCGGGUUGAAAAGCCUCGAUGGUUCGGUCGACCGAGGCUUCGAACGGCUAUAGGCAAACGAGCAGCAGGAGUGUAGCAGGUUGUUCGCUGCGCCUCGGUAGUUGAACGGCUUCAUGGCGAACGAGCAGCAAGAGUGCUCCGGUCGUUCGCCACUCAGUUGGAAGUUGCCCUCACACACUCUGUUGUUGCCUCAUUUGAUGUUGAAUGAGUUUAUCGCGUGAUGUUACUUCACUUCGACUGAGAACACUUUACUUCAUUCACCACGAGAACAACAGGUAGUAAAGUCAACGAGUGUCACCCCACAAAAAAAAAAAAAAAAAAAAAAAUUAGCAUCUACGUACGUAAUAAUAAAUUGAUUAUUACGUUUUGGUGGCAGAUGAAUAACACGACGAUAAGCAUAUGACGAGGAAAACGAGAGGUAGUAGAGUGAACGCGUGCUACCCCACAGAGAAUUUGAAUUAGCAUCAAGUUUGGCUUCAGGUCAAAGUGCUGGGUAAUAACAAAACUUGAUCAUUAUGUUUUAGCGGCAGGUGAAUGAAACGACGAUAAUUAAGUGUCAACAGAGCCAGGGCGUAGUUCUAGACAGACUGGAGCAAGACGCAUAGGAGAUAUAAAGGAGGUGGAAAAUGUCUAUACAUAGGCUUUACAAUAUUACUUGAACAAAUAAUACGAGGUCGUCUUUCAUGCAGAUUUCGGUAUUUCGCAGGAGAGAGUCAGCGGCCUGCAACUCGUGCUUCAAUACUUCAUAAACUAUUCACUUUAAUCUAAUUCGUUUCCUUCCCAUGUACUUGUGUUGUUACGUGAGAAAGUUAGCUCAUGACAAUGCUUCCCCGCAGCGCUGAGACUAUUACAUACUGCCUGCUGAUGGAUGUGAGUUUUUAAUCAAAUGACAGUAAUCGUACCUGGUGACUGGGGACAAAUAUAGGGAUAAAAAGCAUUCGUCAGCUCGCACGCACGCAAACACACAGCAUGUAACGCGCUCACCCACCCCUCCUGUUGGUGUCCCUGUCAAAGGACCAAUCUCAUUUGUAAACAUCAGAAACAUUUCUCACCACCAACAGACAAGCCUGUGCACGCCUCUGGUGACGCGUUUCUCUUGGCUCGAUAAUCAAUAGAGCAACAGGCGGCGCAGGACACCAUACAGGGCCUCAGUGGAAGGGGUACGUCGAGGCUGGUAACAACAUCACCCCUUCAUUUUGACUCCAACCCGAUAAACCGAGUCUCGUAAUCUCACCUUCCUUAUUUCAAACACAGAGAAAGGAUGGAUGUUGAGUACAACAGAUGCUGGAACUUACAUAAAUUCUUCAAUCGCCUUGGGCACAAAUCCGUCAUCCUGUGUCUGUGGCUCAUCAGGAUUAACGGCGGGCUGCCUUAUAGGUGGCGCCACGCCGAAUCCGUGUUUGACCAGAAGACCGAGCCGUGGGGCGUAGAGGCAAAGGGUCGCAAGGCUCCCUUUCUACUGAUCCGCAGACCCGUCCUGGUAGCUUGGUCCUCCGUCAAUGCCAUUAUCGUCUGCGCCACCUUCAUUGUUUACGUAGUAUUCUUUGUACUGCCAAAGUUUGAACUGCUCAAGUCCACGGAAGCCACAGCGGUGCUCCUGAAGAAUCUGGUGGAGUUCAUGGUGGCCAUCGGUUUGGUCUGCUACCUGAGGGUGAAGGAGGGCCUCUUGGCCAGGCUGGUGUGCGUCAUGUACGGGUUUGGCAAGCCCUUCGGCGUGCCGCGCACCAUGGACCGGAGUUGGAUGCAGAUGGCCAGCGCCGUCAUCGUAAAGGCGUCCUUGCUAUCCGCCUUCGUUAUAGUGGCGCAGAACUACCGGUCGGAUGACACCUUGUACUCCAAGGUGGAUGUCGCCUUCUCGUUCAUUAUAAGGAUCGUGAUGAGCAUGUCCGUGUUGCCCGUGCUGCUGCUGCUGCACUACAUCACCCUCAUGAUGGCCGUGUGGUAUAACGAUGUUUACUGCAGCUUCCAGCGCCACGCCCUUGACCUCAUCCCGACCAAGAACAUCAGGGAAAUGGUGGUCACCGAGCAGGAAGCGGUCCAGCUAUCUGAGGGCCAGCCUCCACAAUUGAGCCCUUCCAUGAACAAGGCAAAGAAGGUGCCUUCCUCUUUCCCGCAGCCCAGCCUGGAGAGCCCCAUCAUGCACGUCGCGGAGACCAGCAUCCACGUGGUGUACAAGUUGCAGCACCUCCAGCGGCUGCUCAACAACUACUACUCGAUCCCGGUGCUGCUGGUGAUGACGCGAUCCAUCACCAACCUCGUGUUCCUCUUCUUCCUCGUGGUCAUGAACCCGAAGAAUAGGAGCUUCUUCAUAUCCAUGGAGGCGCUGCAGGAAGUCGCAUCCAUCGUCCUCAUGUGUCUGGCUUCUGAAACCGUCGCGAAACAGGUACGGUGGUCAUGGCGAGGCGUGGCGAGUGGCAGACACGACCACGGGGAGACGGGAAGGGCCUCUCAGUGUGUGUGUGUGUGUGUGUGUGUGUGUGUAGAAGUGGUAGCAGUAGUAGUAGGGCACAUCAUAUCGUCGUACUAAAGUGUGACUAUCGUUGUUUUAUUGGCAGAAGAGAAAGCUGAAAAGCAUCGUGUGUUGCCUGAAGGUGUUCUGCAGCAACUUCCUCCAAGAAAAGCUGGGUCGAUUCCUGGAGCUGAUGAGUAACGACCCUGGAUUCAACGUGUCCGACUACUUCAUGCUGGCCAAGAAUUGUCUCAUUCCGAUACUGAGUUUCAUCGCCACGUACCUGGUUAUUCUCCUCCAGUUCUACGUCUCUGAGUCAGGGUGUCGCCGCAAAACUGCCCUCCCUGACCCCGACGCCACCAACGGCACGACCUUCAAUUUAACUGAGGCCGCAG